UCCAGCAAUUUGAUAUCGAAGGGGGUCGAGCCAGGAGCCUUGAUCAGGCCUUGACUUUCUCACCUCCGGGAUAGAUAAGUGUCGCCUUCCGCCCCCGACCCUUUCCCAAGAACAACAUAUCACGAUCAGGUCUAGCCAGAGCUGAGAAUCCAGUCACAAUCCGCACUGUGCUAUUCUCCGACAAUGACAGACAACGACACCAUCGAAGUUGCGGCUGUGCCAGCACUAACCGACGAUGACUUGGUUCUGAGAGCGCAGGGCCAUGAGCCCGAGCUGCCACGGCGUUUCUCAAGGCUGUCGGUGCUAUCACUCGCAUUUGUUAUCACCAACUCCUGGGUAGGCUUCGCUGCAACUUUUGGAACAGCGUUGCUGGCUGGUGGCGGUCCGGGAGUCUUUUGGGGCAGCAUUAUUGCUUUCGUGGUUUGCUCCAUCAUCACUAUCGGACUUGCUGAACUAGCAUCUGCUUACCCCUCGGCCGGUGGACAGUAUCAUUUCACUUUCAUGGUAUCGUCACCCAAAUACCGAGCUGCCAGCGCAUUCGUGAUGGGCUGGCUUAGCUCCCUUGCGUGGGGACUGGUCACAGUGUCUGCAGGAGUCUACGUCGCCCAGCUCAUCGCAGGCAUUGCCACGUUUUUCGACGAGACUCUCGUGUUCGAACGUUGGCAGAUUUAUCUGCUAUUCGUUGCGAUCAAUACCCUCGCCACUUUGAUUGUCUGCGUGGCGCCCCAGCUUCUUCCUAAGAUCGAAGUGAUCUCGUUAUGGAGCAGCCUUCUAGCCUGUCUGAUCAGUACCAUCGUCAUUGGUGCCCUUAGUGGCCCCAAACAACCGGCUAGGGUAAUCUUUGUCGAAGAUCAGAAUGUUACGGGCUGGAGCAACGGAUUCGCUUUCAUCAUUGGCAUCGGAACUAGCAUGUACACUUUUGUUUCCACAGAUUCAGCCACUCAUCUGGCAGAGGAAGUUCCGAAUCCAGGUUUUAACAUCCCCAGAAUAAUGUGGCUCACUCCAGUGAUCGGCGUCAUAUCCACGAUACCCUAUCUGCUGGUCAUCAUGUUCUCAGCGACCGAUCUGGAAGCUGUUGCCAACUCAUCCUUACCGAUCCUUACGUUAUAUCAACAGGCUACAGGCAACCAAGCUGCAACGGCGGCUCUAACGAUCUGGAUCAUGCUGAAUUACUUCGGUGCUACCAUCGGUUGCGUGGCGACCGUCGGCCGGUUGGUCUGGGCUUUCGCUCGCGACAAUGGGAUUCCUUUCUCCCCAUUCUUUGCAAAAGUCAGUCCAACCAAAAAGACCCCGAUCAGGGCAACAAUUGCUUGUCUGGUGUUCCAAGUUCUCUAUGGAUUGAUAUACAUCGGCUCCACAACUGCCUUCAACAGCAUCAUUUCGUUGUCCAUCCUAGCCCUCAACGUCACCUAUGUUAUCCCACAGGGCAUAGUGCUGCUCCGAGGACGUUCAAAGGUUCUCCCGGCUCGGUCUUUCAGACUUGGACACCGGAUUGGAAACUUUGUGAAUGGGUUUUCGUUCUUAUGGGUUGCUUUCUACAGUGUAAUUUUCUGUUUUCCUAUCUUCAUCCCUCCCACCACCGGCGACAUGAACUAUCUCAGUCCGGUUGCGGUUGGCAUCAUUCUACUCAUCCUGAUCGCCUGGUACGGCGGCAAAAGGAAGACUUUCACAGGCCCGCACAUUCAGGGUAUCGAGCCAGCCGAGACUCAAAUUACCACAACGACAAAGGAGAAAUAGUUGUCGAGGUCAAUGCAGCUGUACCACUGACCUUAUUCUCUGGAUGAAGUGUUAU